UUCAGGAAAGUAAACUUUCCUGUUUUAAUAGUUCUGUUGAUAAUAAAACUUACAGAGAUCAUAUCGAAGCUGUGCAGUUAGUCAUAAACAUUGCCCUUUCGCAUACAGUACUUGUCAAAUUAAAAUAUGUUCAAAUGUUCCUUUUGCACAUGUGACAGAACUAAGGCUAACAAAUCAAGUGAACAGUUGAAGUUUCAGCUCAAGGUUUACAGUAGCUGAAGUGCUGAGGUCAUGAAUGCAGCUCAACCUCCUAACAGAUUAAGAUCUCUUUUCUUGAUAGAAGUAAAUGGUGGAAGUGUCUUUGUGUGCAAGUACUAUAAAGUGCAUUAUAUGGGGGUUCUUCAGCUAUAAUGAUCCUCUGACAUUGUACCAACAGUGCUAAUGUCAUAUUCUUUAUAUUGCCUAGCUAUUAACACGUUCUGCACUUUAAAAUGAUCCUCAGUUGUCUUUGCUGAGUAGAACAAAUUAAACUAAAGGAAAUAAUUGUGCACACCAAAGUGAUGAUCACACCUGACAAAAUGAGAGUAAAGCUGUUAUGUUUUUGUUUGUUUUUUUUUACCCUCUUGGCUUUUCCUGAUAAGUAGUGCCACAUUUAUUUAGGCAUUUGCAAACAAAAUAUAUGCAAGCAGCUCUGGCCCAUGUCACUCCAGUGCAUGCAAAUCAGUGAGAGAGAAUGAAAGUUCAUUUCAGACCAUCGGAUCGUCUUGCUAUCGACCAAUAGCAGGUCACAAGCCAUAACAUUAAAAAACAAAAAUAUAAAUAAUUAAAAGCUUUGGAGUGACUCAAGGUAUGAAAAAUUGGGGCAGUUGCAAUACUUUGGGUACUGUGGUAUUUUAUACAGUCUUGUAAGCUUAUGUUCUGCUGUUACUAUGAAACAAGUUUGCUUCUAAAACAUUAAGGACGCACCCGACCUCUUCUAAUCCUUUGGGCAUGUAGUAAUUGGAUUGUGUAGCACAGACAGAUGCACCAUGUAUUCAGAGUGGCGGUCAUUGCACCUCGUGAUCCAGAGCGAUCAGGGUCACAUGAGUGUUCUGCACAGCUAUCCUGACAGUGUGGGUCGUGAUGUGGCAAACGCAGUGGUGCGCCCGCUUGGACUGGGCUUAAACACCAUAGGGGUCGAGAGCAUCCUCAAAACAGACAAAGAGGUGAAAUGGACAAUGGAAGUUCUGUGUUACGGGCUGACCCUGCCUCUAGACGGAGAUACAGUAAAGAAUUGUGUGGAUGUGUAUACUGACUGGAUUAUGGCACUGGUGGCUCCUCGAGACUCUAUUCCUCAGCCAAUCAUCAAGGAACCAAACCUCUAUGUUCAGACUAUUCUCAAACACCUCCACAAUCUCUUUGUGCCCAGGCAGGACAAUGCUCCCAACCAGUUCAGACUGUGCCAGCAGGUUUUAACAGCGGUACAGAAGCUGGCUCGGGAUUCCGCUGCUAUGAUGAGGGAAACCUGGGAGGUUCUGUUACUGUUCCUGUUGCAGAUCAAUGACACACUUCUAGCCUCUCCAACUGCCCCGGGUGGAAUUGCUGAGCAUUUGGCAGAGAAGCUGAUAAGUGUCUUGUUUGAAGUGUGGUUUUUGGCAUGCACCCGGUGCUUUCCCACCCCUCCCUAUUGGAAGACAGCCAGGGAGAUGCUAGCCAACUGGAGACACCAUCCGCCUGUGGUGGAACAAUGGAGCAGGGUCAUCUGUGCACUGACCUCCAGAUUGCUGCGCUUUACAUACGGCCCGUCAUUUCCUCCAUUUAAAGUCCCGGAUGAAGAUGCAAACUUAAUUCCUGCUGAAAUGGACAAUGAUUGCAUUGCCCAGACUUGGUUUCGCUUUUUGCACAUGCUGAGUAAUCCUGUGGAUUUGAGUAACCCAGCAAUAAUCAGCUCCACCCCGAAGUUCCAAGAGCAGCUUCUGAAUGUCACUGGUGUACCCCAGGAAAUUACUCAGCACCCCUGCCUCAAACAGCUGCCUCAGAUUUUCUUCCGUGCCAUGCGAGGGAUCAGCUGUCUGGUCGAUGCAUUCCUAGGUAUCUCGAGGCCUAGGUCGGACAGUGCUCCUCCUACUCCUGUCAACAGACUGAGCAUGCCUCAAGCAACCACUACAAGCAACACCACCCCACCUCACAGCAGGAGGCAUCGGGCAGUCACUGUAAACAAGACAACAAUGAAAGCCACUACAGGGAAUACCGCCCACCCUCCCAAAAUCCAGCAUCAGACUUCCACAACCUCACCACUGUCGAGCCCCAACCAAACUAGCUCUGAGCCCAGACCACUGCCCGCACCCACUAGACCAAAGGUCAACAGCAUCCUCAAUCUGUUUGGCCAGUGGCUGUUUGAUGCAGCGCUGGUUCAUUGUAAACUUCAUAACGGAAUGAACAGGGACAACAGCAUGACUGCAUCUUUUAUCCAAAUUCUUCUUUCUUAUAAAUCUUCUUUGGCGACCCAAGCGGGUAUAGAGUUCCGUAGGAAAGGCUCUCAGAUGUCCACUGACACCAUGAUCUCCAACCCCCUGUUUGAUGCCAAUGAGUUCCCAGAUAACUAUGAAGCAGGAAGGGCAGAAGCCUGUGGAACACUGUGUAGAAUAUUCUGCAGUAAGAAGACUGGUGAAGAAAUCCUGCCGGUGUAUCUCUCCAGGUAUUACAUGGGUCUGAUUCAGGGUCUACAGAUAGGAGAUUUCAUCUGCCGCCCUGUUCUUGCCAGCAUCAUCCUCAACUCUUCUGCAUUGUUUUGUACUGAUUUAAAAGGAGUUGAUGUUGUGGUACCUUAUUUUAUCACUGCACUGGAAACCAUUCUGCCUGAUAGGGAACUUUCAAAAUUUAAGGCUUAUGUGAACCCCACAGAUCUGAGAAGGUCCUCCAUCCUCAUUCUGUUGUCCUUAUUGCCUCUUCCCCAUCAUUUUGGCAAUGUAAAAUCUGAGGUGCUGUUGGAAGGCAAGUUUAGCAAUGAUGACAGCUCAUCUCACGACAAACCAGUCACAUUCCUCUCGCUGAAGUUAAGGCUGGUCAAUAUUUUGAUAGGAGCUCUGCAGACUGAAACGGACCCAAACAACACACAGAUGAUCCUAGGUGCAAUGUUAAAUAUUGUUCAGGAUUCAGCACUUUUAGAAUCCAGAGGAGCUCAAUCUGAAAUGGGCAGUAGUGAAGGGAAUCACCUGAAGAGCCAUAGCCGCAAUAACAGUGGGAUCAGCACAGCCAGUGGAGGGAGUUCAGAAGCCACCACUCCAGACAGCGAGAGGCCAGCACAAGCUCUCCUGAGAGACUAUGCUCUUCAUACAGAUACUGCCGUGGGACUCCUGAUUCGCAGCAUCCACCUGGUAACACAGAGACUUAACUCCCAGUGGAGACCCGACAUGAGCAUCUCCCUGGCUGCGCUGGAGCUUCUUGCUGGUUUGGCCAAGGUGAAGGUUUGUGUGGACUCAGCAGACAGAAAGCGUGCAGUCAGUUCUGUUUGCAGCUACAUCGUGUACCAGUGCAGCCGCCCGGCGCCACUCCACUCUCGAGAUCUCCACUCCAUGAUAGUUGCAGCAUUCCAGUGCCUGUGUGUGUGGCUGACGGAGCAUCCUGACAUGCUCAAUGAGAAGGAUUGCCUCAUAGAAGUCCUGGAGAUUGUUGAAUUGGGCAUAUCAGGGAGCAAGUCAAAGACCAAUGACCAUGAGGUGCGAUACAAAAGCGAUAAAGAGCCCAGCCCUGCUUCCAUGAGAGUGAAGGAUGCAGCAGAGGCCACUCUCACAUGUAUCAUGCAGCAGCUUGGAGCUUUCCCAUCUCCCAGUGGACCUGCUUCACCAUGCAGCCUUUUAAAUGAGGAUACUCUAAUUAAAUACUCCAGGCUGACCUCCACAAGUAGAGACAACUUUCGUUAUUUCGUCCUGGAUAACUCUGUCAUUUUAGCCAUGUUGGAACAGCCCCUCGGAAACGAACAGACAGAUCCCUGUCCGUCAGUGACCGUGUUGAUACGAGGGAUGUCAGGGAGACAUGCCUGGACCAUGCAGCUCUACCACCAGCCCAGAGGGGCACGGGCUCACCAGAAGCAGAUGUUCGUUCCAGAGAGCCGUCCAGCUCCUAAAAAUGACGUUGGCAUUCGGUUUGCUGUGAAACACAGACCAUUCCCUGAGGAAGUUGAUAAAAUUCCAUUUGUGAAAGCUGACCUGAGCAUUCCAGACUUGCAUGAGAUUGUGACUAGUGAGCUUGAGAUCCAGCACGAGAAGCUGCGGAAUGUGAUGGUGAAGCAGAUGGAGUACGAGUCGGCUCUGGAGCGGCACAGCGAGGAUCUCUGGAGAAACAAGAGCUUCCCCGACCCUGUCACAGACUGCAAGCCCCCCCCCCCUGCACAGGAGUUCCAGACUGCACGCCUCCUCCUCUCGCACUUCGGCUUCCUCUCACUCGAAGCAUUAAAGGAGCCUGGCAACAGCCGCUUACCUCCUCAUCUUAUUGCACUGGACUCAGCCCUCCCUGGCUUCUUCGAUGACAUUGGGUAUCUGGACCUGCUGCCGUGCCGGCCCUUCGACACUGUCUUCAUAUUCUACAUGAGGGCAGGGCAGAAGAGCAGUCAGGAGAUCUUAAGGAAUGUUGAAUCAUCAGCUAAUGUUCAGCACCACUUCCUGGAGUUCCUGCUGUCUCUGGGCUGGCCCGUCGAUGUGAGGAAACACCCUGGCUGGACAGGAAACGUCUUCACCAGCUGGUCAAUUAACUCAAGCAAUGGCAGCGAGAGUCAGACACAGGAUGAGUCCCCUACCUUGGAGGACACCGGUGGAGGUAUCUUCAGUGGAGAGAAGAAGGUGCUUUACUAUGCUGAUGCCUUGACUGAAAUAGCCUAUGUUGUUCCAUCAUUACUGGAUUCUUCUGCUGAAUCAUCAGAGAGCAGCUUCCCCACCCUGGAAGCCGAUUCCCAAAUAGACCUGCUGCCUAGUUUACUGAAACAGUCUAGUCUGACGCUGGAGCUCUUCCCAAACCACUCUGACAAUCUUGGCUCUUCACAGAGGCUGAGUCCCACAACUAAAGCAAAGAAGAUGCCUCCUGGUCGGACAAUGCCUCCACUUGGCCCAGAGACGAAAGUGCUGGUGGUGUGGGUUGAACGCUACGAUGAUAUUGAAAACUUCCCUCUUUCUGAUCUAUUGGCUGAAACCAGCACAGGAGUGGAGACAACAACGAACAGCAGCACAUCCCUGAGGCCAGUGAUGUCAGAAAAGGAGGUUCCGAUUAUUUUUAUCCACCCUUUGAAGAGCGGUCUAUUCCGGAUAAAGCUUCAGGGAGUCGCUGGGAAGUUCAGCAUGGUCAUCCCUCUAGUGGACGGCAUGGCAAUCAGCAGGAGGGCUUUAGGCUUCUUAGUGCGGCAGACGGUCAUCAAUGUCUGCCGAAGGAAGAGGCUGGAAAGUGAUUCCUACAACCCUCCACAUGUCCGCAGAAAACAGAAGAUAGUGGACAUUGUGAACAGAUACCGGAACAAGCAGCUGGAGCCUGAGUUUUACACCUCACUUUUUCAAGAAGUGGGACAAAAGAAGCUGAAUCCAUGAGAUGGACAUAAUAACUGCGUAGAUUCUAUAUAUUUCUAAGCUAUUUUGCUAUUUAUAUCAGCACUUGGUGGCCAUGUUAUAUGAAUGAGGAGGUUUACUUUGAGCAUCGACCAGUGAUAAAGUAUCCCCACAGCACACAACCCAACCAACCUGCCAGACCACCGACCACCCCUUCCUUCUGCUCUGCUUCGGUGAAAUUCAUCUUCUUUACCACAGUACAGUCAUUACACAGUUUUAAACAUGUUGAGAAAACAAGGGUGAACUUGAUAGGAGCUUUAAAGAGGUUAACUGUGAGUUGUUAAAUAUCCCAUAUGAUAACAAUGACUGGGACUUUUGUUGAUUUAGUUUCUUAUCACAUCGGAAUAUAAUAUAUAUAUAU